AUUUGGAAAUCGACGAGCCCCUGGGGACCUUGGACUUAUAAGCUCCUGGAAGCUAACACCCCCGGUCUACUUUCUGGAGGCGGUACUCCUCACCAAGGCAGCCUGAAUGAGGCUUCCCCUGAUGAUUGGUACUUUAUGUCGUUCACAUGGGGUUAUCCCAAUGACCGCAUCCCCGUCCUCGCUCCUAUCACAUGGGGCGACGACGACCUUCCAAUCCUAAAUACAGUCGAUGGCAAAUGGGGCGCCACCUAUCCCGCCCCCCUACCGACCGUCGAAACACCAUCAUGGACAUGAACCGAUUCCUUCAAUGGCACAUCGCUUGGCCCAAAAUGGGAGUGGAAUCACAACCACGACACCCGCAAAUACUCCGUCGACAAUGGCGUCACCCUCUCCGCCGCAACCGUGACCAACGACCUAUAGAAGGCUCGCAACACGCUGACGCACCGCGCCAACGGCGAGCAGCCCGUCGCCACCAUCGUCCUAGAUUUCAGCAACAUGGCCGACGGCGACGCUGCGGACUCGCCGCCUUCCGCGACUGGACCGCCUACAUCGGCGUCGUGCGCUCAGGGGACUCCUACAGCGUCGUCAUACAGGAGGGCCUCACACAGAACAGCACCGAUUGGAGUACGGUGAGCACCGGCACGACUGUUGAGACCGCCGCAGUGGAGAACGGAAGGAUCUGGCUGAGAUCGAGCAUGGAUUCGCGUGGUGAUGGGUCGAAGUUGGUGACGUUCCAGUAUAGUACUGAUGGGACGAGCUUUGUGGAUUUGGGGGAUGCGUAUACGAUGAAUACGGAUUGGGCGAUCUUCAUGGGGUAUAGGUGGGGCAUUUUUAACCAUGCUACGACGGCGCUUGGGGGGUCGGUGCAGCUUGAGUUGUUUAUGCAGACGUAGAGAGGGUAGGACAGGGCAGGAUAAGUAGGUGUGGACGUAUAUAUGUAUGAUGGCUCAUAGCGUGGCAAUGGAGGGCC